GUUAAAUUCAUCUAAAUUUCUAACCGGAUAUUUGGUAAUAUUUUCAUGUGUCAUAUUUCAAAGAUCACCAAGUGCGAACUUAUGUGUAUCUACUAGGGUGUGUCAAUUCGGGGCGACUUUUUUUUUUUCAACGAAAAAACAGGUUGAAAACUUGCAUGAAGAUUUUGAAGUCGGUUUAAGGAGUGUAUUUCGUACAUUGUAUCCAAACGCCGUUUUGAAGGGUUGCUAUUUUCACUUUGUCCAGGCGUUGAUGAAAAAAGCUAAAAAGAAAGGGUUACUGGAUGUAUUAAAUGAUUGGGAUGAUGGAAAAGAUUUUUUCCGAGAAAUAAUUACAUUAGCAUUAUUACCUAGCCAUCAAAUUAUACUUGCCUUCAACUGGUUACUUACUGUGUACAGUGCAUUUCAACCAGCAUUCUAUCAAUUUCUUCAGUAUUUUCAAUCAUAUUGGUUAGAGACUAUUAAACCAGAAAACUUUUCUGUAUUUGGGUGUUUAGAAAAAACAAACAAUUACGUUGAAUCAAACAAUCGUCGAUUGAAUGUAGAGUUUGGUAUUCAUCCCCGUAUUUGGAAUUUUACAGAAAAAUUGAUGGAGCUGUAUGAAAGAAGUAAAAUCGAACUGGAAUCGAUGAUGAUGGGUCUCCCUGUCAGGAGACAAUCUCGAUUGAAUUAUUUAAUUGAAGAAGCAGUUUUGAUAAGAGCUUGGGACUUAUACAAUACUAAUGUUUUAGAUUUCAAACAUUUCUUAGAGUGUACAAACAAAUUUAUAAGAAUAUUUGACAAUGAUCGGGGCUUAUUAUCUGUCGAUGAAGUUGAUACUUUUAUCAAUUUUAAAAUUCAAAUGUACAUUGCAAUAAAUGAAAAUUUAUAUAUUGGCAUCGAUGAAAUUGAAAACAAUGUUCCAGAACAUAUUAUUUUUAUACAUGAUUAAUAAACAACCGAUCACUUGUAUGAUUAAUAAACGGUUUGUAUUAUUAAAUAAAAA